UCUAGCGGAUCAAACGGGUCACCUCCCACUUCCGGCGGGGUCAGAGGUCACCAAACAGAAAACAUGGCGGCUCCCAGUAAAGCAACCUACGUGUUGAAGGCUGUGAAGAAAAUAGCGAUCCAGUUUUGUCCCUUCGAGCCCAAUAUCCGUUCCACACGUGAGUUCCUGGCCGUGGUGGCCUCAGAGAAGGUCCGGUCUACCAACAUGAACUGUGAGGUGAUACCCGUGGUGAAACACGACAAGUCUGAACCUGUAGUGGAUAUUACUUAUGUGGAUGGACAGAGGCUCGUCAUGAAGGGAGCAAAGUUGACCAGCCGCGAGAUGCUGAGCGCGUUUCAGUCACUCUGCAAAGCCAAGGACCCACAGGCAAAAUCUGCAGCGAAAAACUGACCCUGUUCCUGUCUAAUGCUCAAUCUAUUUGUAUUUAUCUGUGUAUAUUGUUGGACCUGUACAAUAAAUCUGUUUCACUGAA